AUGAGGCGGAAUUUGAAAAUAUUGUUCCUCCUUGGCGCCGCCUGGAUGUUUUUUCUUUUUUAUUACAUGCAGCCAGAUACAGCACAGAAUAAGGAAGAAAACAUAGCACUCCGUCUCAUAAAGCAACACCAAGAUAUUGAGGAACCAGAGAGCAGUCCAGCUUCCCCCGAGGAGUAUGGCUCUGGGAGCACAGGGAGGUACUUCGACGAGGCGGGGUACGUCGCGGGAGGGAAUAAGGAUAAUGAUCCUUACGUCAGGAAUAGAUUCAAUCAGGCUGCCUCAGACGCGUUGCCUAGCAACCGUGGUGUGCCUGACACAAGAAAUGCUAUGUGUCGCCUCAAGAAAUAUGACGAAGACCUACCUCAAACGAGCGUCAUCAUAACAUUUCACAAUGAGGCACGAUCCACACUACUCCGCACUAUUGUCAGUGUCCUCAACCGAAGUCCGGAGCACCUCAUUAAAGAAAUUAUUCUCGUCGAUGACUUUAGUGACAACCCUGAUGAUGGUGCUGCCCUUCGAGCGAUACGAAAGGUGCGAGUCAUCAGGAACUCGAAGCGCGAAGGUCUGAUGCGGUCCAGGGUGCGUGGAGCGGACGCGGCCACGGCGCCAGUGCUCACAUUCCUGGACUCCCACGUGGAGUGCAACGUGCAUUGGCUGGAACCGCUGCUGCAGAGGGUGAAGGAGGAUCCCACGCGGGUGGUGUGCCCAGUAAUAGACGUGAUCAGCAUGGACACUUUCCAGUACAUCGGUGCAUCAGCAGACCUGCGGGGUGGAUUCGAUUGGAACUUGGUGUUUAAGUGGGAAUAUCUCUCACACGCUGAGAGAAGCGGCCGUCUCAGCGAUCCCACUCAAGUAAUCCGUACUCCAAUGAUAGCUGGUGGCCUGUUUAGCAUGGACCGAGCUUACUUCAACAAGCUGGGUAAAUACGAUAUGAAGAUGGACGUGUGGGGCGGGGAGAACCUUGAGAUCUCGUUCAGGGUGUGGCAAUGCGGUGGUUCGCUAGAGAUAGUACCAUGUUCACGGGUAGGCCAUGUUUUCCGCAAGCGACACCCCUACACAUUCCCUGGUGGGUCAGGAGCAGUGUUCGCCCGGAACACCAGGAGAGCGGCAGAAGUUUGGAUGGAUGAUUACAAAGAGUUGUACUAUCGAUCGCAGCCACUGGCCAAGCAAGUGGAGUAUGGAGAUAUUUCGGAACGCAAGGCUCUCCGGUCGGCACUGCACUGCAAGCCGUUCCGCUGGUAUCUGUCGCACGUGUACCCCGAGCUGCAGGUUCCGGCGCUGGGGGGCGCGCGCGCCGUGCGCCAGGGUGCCAGGUGCCUCGACACCAUGGGGCAGCUCGCUGAUGGAACACCUGGUCUGUACCCGUGUCACAACACAGGCGGCAACCAAGAGUGGGUGUUCGACAACGGUAUGAUCAGACACCACUCGCUCUGCAUCUCGCUGUCUCCCGCGGGUCUCCCCGUGCUCGUACCCUGCGACCAGACCGACGAGAGCCAGCUGUGGAAGGCCAAGGGGUCGCAGAUCAGACACCUCAAGAUGGACGCAUGUUUGGAUUCUGAUAAGUCUACUCUGUACUUAGCGAAGUGUGAUGUGAAUAAACCGAGCCAAAUGUUCUCCUUUUGAUCUGGUCUGAUGGUUAGGUUGGUAGCGCUACUUUAUUCAGCUUUUGUUUGAAGUUUUUAGUUACGAGAGUUGUGUUUUUCGACUAUGAAGAGUUAACUCGAAUGAAGGAUAGUUUUCGAAUCUUGAACAUUUUUUU